UUUAGGGUAGUCUAAAAUAUUACGGGAACAUUUUGUUCACGAUUUUAGCAAAUGUUUCAUCGUUCAAAUGUAUUUAUCGUUGAAAUUCCAUGAAAUUAAGGGUUAGCCUACUGGUACAUGUUUAUCGGAACGAUUUCAUUCAGUGAGAUACAUAUUCUGCUCUAGCGGAAGAGUUUGUCCUGAUUUUAAUUUUUAAUUUUUUUAUUUGGGGGUUUAGAAUCUUCUACCCUUGUUUAUUUUCGUUCUGUCUACAAACCCUAGCUUGUCUCGAGGGCUUUGGUGCAGGCGGCACGGCUAACGCUAUGGUGGAGAAGACUGCGGAGGAACUCCGCAAGGAGAUCGAUGAACUCAAUCGCCAGCAGUGGGAGAUUACAGAGAGGUUACGUGAUCCAAGAGGUAUUCGGAGGGGUGGAUUUUCUGGCAACAAUACCCGCAAUGUUGGCCCUGGUGGAGGUCGCACGCUUGGGAGAGGACGGGGAUUUGUUCGGAUGGCAGAUAAGCCCGAGAUUGACGACGAGCCACCAGCCAAGAGGCGACUCUCCUCAGCUGUAGUAAAGGUUGAGGAUGGAGAAAUUGUUGAUGAUUCAAAGGAAAAGAAAGAAGGCAAGGAACAAGACAAAAUAGCAGAUCUAAAACAGGAUGACAGCCAAGCCAAUGGUAAACACUCAAAUUUACAUCGUAAUCAGAGUGGCUUGAAGACAGAUAGAGGAAACUGGAUGGAGCAAGAUGCUCAACCUGUUGAGAAUGUACCGAGGGUCCUACCUAAGAAUGAAGAUCCAAGCUUGGUGAAGCGAAAUAGGAGAAUGCUUGGACAACUUUUGGGGACACUUGAGAAAUUUCGGGAGGAGGACAAGCAAUUGUCAUCAUCAGAAGCAUUCAUGCGGCGAUCAGAUUCUUUAAGAAGAGCAGAGCAAAGGGCACGUGAGGAAAGUGAAAAACUUCGCCAACAAGAGCGCGAGCAACUUGCCGAAAAGAGACGCCGGGAUUUGACUCUUCGUGCACGGGUUGCUGCAAAGGCAGAAGAGAAGAAACUGGAACUACUUUUCCUGCAAUGGACUGAACACCAUAGCAAACUUUGCAAAUUUUUAAGGACAACAACAGAACCCCCAGUAUACUAUGUCCCAGCAAAACCUUCAGAGAAUUGUGUGAAGCUGCUUGAGGAGCAACAGAAGGAAUUUUCUGAAUGGAAAGCCAGUCGUAGACAAGAGUUAACAGAAUACCAGAAAGAAAUUAGUGAGCAACUACUUGCCAAUGUUGAAGUGGAACUCCAGAGGUGGCAAAACGCAGGCAGUACUAGGAAUGGGAACACUGCAGCCAGUCUACAGGAGAGCAUGGAUAAUGAUCUUGAGUCGCAUAAAUUGAGUCAUGGUCCUAAAACACGUGUUCCAAGAGGUGGCGAAGAUGCAGAAGAGGAUGUUGAGGAUGUUGGAGAGGAUGAUAUCAUGGAUGAUGUGCUUGAGGACGAAGAAACUGCGGCAAGAAGGGAUGACGAUACAGGAACAGGUAAAGGUAUUGUUAGCUAUGGUGGUGGAGAAGAUUAAAAAUCAUUUUGAUAUUUAAUUUCAAUGACCAAAUUUUUUAGAAUAUCGAGUUUGAUGGUUUUCCAAUGUUUUCAUAGAUGGUGACAACUAUUGAUGUAAUUUGUUGCAAUUUUAUGCAUUGAAUGAAUUUCUUGCAUGUUACAUCUCCA